AAUGAUUUACUUAGAGUAGAAUAGUAUGAAUAGUAGACUCGACGAUACAGUUCAAUCAGUUAGUUUUUAGAAUAUUGUGCGGUUUGCAUUUGAUUACAAGUGGCAACGGGAUUUUCUGAUAAAAAUUCACCAACGAGAUCUGUUUUGACGACUUACUUAAAAUCUAUAAUUAGUAAUGGCUGAAAUACCAUCUCUUACUCUUUCCAAUGGAUAUAAAAUGCCUGCUUUUGGUCUCGGUACGUAUCAGUCGCGUGCUGGAGAGGUGGAAGCAGCUGUGAUAGAGGCGAUAAAUCUAGGAUACCGUCACAUAGACACAGCGUUCUUCUAUCAAAAUGAGAAAGAAAUUGGUCAGGCAAUUCAAGCGAAGAUCAAGGAUGGAACUGUGAAAAGGGAAGAUCUUUUCAUUACAACUAAGCUCUGGAAUAACUUCCACAAAGAGUCAAGCGUAGUUCCAACAUGUAAGAAAUCUUUGGAAAAUCUCGGAUUAAGUUAUGUGGAUCUUUAUCUGGUUCAUUGGCCAUUUGCCUUCAAGGAAGGAGACGAUUUAAUGCCCAGGGACGAAAAUGGGGCACUUUUGAUGUCGGAUACUGACUACCUCGAAACAUGGAAAGGAAUGGAAGAGUGCGUGCGAUUAGGAUUAACUCGUAGUAUCGGAAUUAGUAAUUUCAAUCAGGAACAGAUCACUCGUUUACUUACUGUAGCCAAGAUAAUGCCCGUAAACAACCAGGUCGAAGUGAGCAUAAAUUUGAAUCAAAAGCCAUUGAUACAAUUCUGCCAAAAACAUAAUAUCACGAUAACCGGAUACUCACCGCUAGGACAACCAGGUAAUAAGGCGGGAAUACCAACUUUCUUGGACAAUCCAGUGUUGGUAGAGCUUUCUAAAAAGUACAACAAGACGACAGCACAAAUUGCUCUAAGAUAUGUCUUGCAACAAGGAAUCGCUAUCAUUCCGAAAACAGUAACACCGAGUCGAUUGAAAGAAAAUAUGAAUAUAUUUGAUUUUUCCUUAACGGAUGAGGAAAUGGCCUCUAUAGCGAAACUUGGCACGCAUCAACGUGUUGCACGAUUUGCAGACGUAAAGGGGCAUAAGUACUACCCGUUCGAAUAAUAAAAGUUUUAUUGCAAACAAGUAAAAUGACAGGAAAUAGCUCGUCAGAUUCAGUAUAAAUUAAUAGUAAGGUAUAUCCCCUUUGAACUUACAUAAUCCCACGGCGUAAUUCGGUACUUGUUUGACCCUUAUUUAGUCAAUUAGAUUUAUUGAAUGCCAUGGAAAAUUUCGAUGCUUCAGACGACAUGACAUCAUACGCCGUAACAAUGUGAUACUGUCACGGACAAGGCUAAUCGCAUCCAGUCAAUGUUAACCUUCAUUAAAGAGUGUAUACACUGCGAGUAAAUAAAAUUGCAUCAAAAAAAGAAA